AUGGGUGAGGCGGACCAAAGGAGGGAGUGUGGCCGCUGGGCCUCGGCGCAGCUGAGGCGACGCGAGAUGGCGGCGGCGACUUCAGGAGCCCGUCGCUGUCGGCUAAGCAAGGUGGGGCCUGGCCGGCGCCCACCUCCAGCUCGAGUGAGGGUGGCUGUGCGACUGCGGCCAUUUGUGGAUGGAACAGCUGGAGCAGGUGAUUCCCCCUGUGUACGGGGCUUGGACAGCUGCUCUCUAGAGAUUGCCAACUGGAGGAACCACCAGGAGACUCUAAAAUACCAGUUUGAUGCCUUCUAUGGGGAGAGGAGUUCUCAGCAGGAUAUCUAUGCAGGUUCAGUGCAGCCCAUCCUAAGGCAUCUGCUGGAAGGGCAGAAUGCCAGUGUGCUUGCCUAUGGACCCACAGGGGCAGGGAAGACGCACACAAUGCUGGGCAGUCCAGAGCAGCCUGGAGUGAUUCCCCGGGCUCUCAUGGACCUCCUACAGCUCACAAGGGAGGAGGGUGCUGAGGGCCGGCCAUGGGCCCUCUCUGUCACUAUGUCCUACUUAGAGAUCUACCAGGAAAAGGUAUUGGAUCUCUUGGACCCUGCAUCGGGAGACCUUGUGAUCCGAGAAGACUGUCGGGGAAACAUCCUGAUUCCAGGCCUCAUGCAGAAGCCCAUCACUAGCUUUGUUGAUUUUGAGCAGCAUUUCCUGCCAGCCAGUCGAAAUCGGACUGUAGGAGCCACCCGGCUCAACCAACGCUCCUCCCGCAGUCAUGCUGUGCUCUUGGUCAAGGUGGAUCAGCGGGAACGUCUGGCCCCAUUUCGUCAGCGGGAGGGAAAACUCUACCUGAUUGACUUGGCUGGCUCAGAGGACAACCGUCGCACAGGCAACAAGGGCCUUCGGCUGAAAGAGAGCGGAGCUAUCAACACCUCCCUCUUUGUACUGGGCAAGGUGGUGGAUGCGCUGAACCAGGGCCUCCCUCGUGUGCCUUACCGGGACAGCAAGCUCACUCGCCUAUUGCAGGACUCUCUGGGUGGCUCAGCCCACAGCAUCCUCAUUGCCAACAUUGCCCCUGAGAGACGCUUCUACUUAGACACGGUCUCUGCACUCAACUUUGCUGCCAGAUCCAAGGAGGUUAUCAACCGGCCUUUUACUAAUGAGAGCCUGCAGCUUCACGUCAUGGCACCUGUUAACCUGUCUCAGAAUGAACUGCUAGGCCCAUUAGAGGCAAAGAGAGCCCGAGGCCCUGAGGAAGAGGAGAUCGGGAGCCCUGAGCCCACAGCUGCUCCAGCCUCUGCCUCCCAGAAACUCAGCCCCCUGCAGAAGCUAAGCAGCAUAGACCCAGCCAUGCUGGAGCGUCUGCUGAGCUUGGAUCGUCUGCUGGGCUCCCAGGGGAGCCAGGGGGCCCCUCUGCUGAGUACCCCAAGGCGAGAGCGGAUGGUGCUCAUGAAGACAGUGGAGGAGAAGGAUCUGGAGAUUGAGAGGCUUAAGAUGAAGCAAAAAGAACUGGAGGCCAAGGUGCUGGCCCAGGAGGCUGCAGACCCAAAGGAGAAGGAGAAUUGCGCUCCCACGGUGCUCAGACCCCUUGCCCGUCGCACAGUCACAGUGGCAAAGCCCCUGAAAAAGGCUGUGGUGAUGCCCCUACAACUGAUUCAGGAACAGGCAGCAUUGCCAAAUGCCGAGAUCCAUAUCCUGAAGAAGAAGGGUCGGAAGAGAAAGCUGGAGUCCCUGGAUGCCUCAGAGCCUGAGGAGAAGGCUGAGGACUGCUGGGAGCUGCAGAUCAGCCAGGAGCUACUGGCCCAUGGGCGCCAAAAAAUAUUGGAUCUGUUGAACGAAGGUUCAGCUCGGGAUCUGCGCAGCCUACAGCGCAUCGGGCAGAAGAAGGCCCAGCUCAUUGUGGGCUGGAGGGAGCUCCACGGCCCCUUCAGCCAGGUGGAGGAUCUGGAACGGGUGGAGGGCAUGUCCAAGAAACAGAUGGAGUCAUUCCUGAAGGCCAACAUCCUGGACCUCGCCGCGGGCCCGCGCUCCAGCCCCUCCUGACUGCUGACUCCUUACUAGCUUUUUGUUUUAAUCCUUGUAUAAGUGCGUGUUGUGUAAAUACAGUUUACUCCUGUG